AAGUAGAAGAAGAAGAAGAAAAAAAAAACACCAACAACAUCAACAACAACAACAACAACAAGAGCUGAUCCCUGUCACGCCCAGCAAGGCAAACAUGGUGUGUUAGCACAAUAAAAACUGCCACUCCAUCAAAAUAAAGUCGAUACGCAGCUAGUUGUGCUUCCCUUCACUGACCACAGGUUGGCUAUCACAUUGGCUCUCCCCGCGGCAGUCAUAAGGACCGAACUCAAACCCCAGCCCUUCACGCCCCACAAGUCCCAAACCACAGUGCCGCGCCGCCCUCAGAAUGCUGCCGCCCGACGUCUCAUGGACUCCGGUGUCGUGGCGUGUAAUGGUGUUUCUGAUGCAACUCUGCGGGUGCUUUCCCUUCAAGAUAUCAGCCACAGACGACCCCCCUAUGUUCAGCGUGUAUUUGUUUCUGUGGAGUGUCUUCGUAAUAUUUAUCACGACCUCCAUUCAUUUCUCGGGUUACAGAGAAGUUUUCUUUACGCAAGUUUCUUCUAGUGUUGGCACCACUAUCUUCGUGUAUACCGUCCUGGCACUAAUGGCCGGCAUGACACUUAGUAACGUCAUCAUGGCGAUGAAGAGCAAUAACUUAGCUAAUUUUUUGCAUGACCUGUCACGAUUCAAAGGCGCCUCACCAUCGCCUGCGCGUCGCUGGUACAGUAAACCCAAGACUCUUGUAUUCACAAUCACCCUGAUGAUAGCCGGAAUCAUGAUGACGUGGACAACCUUGCAAUCCAUGCAAGCUACGAGCCCAUGCCUAGCAGUCAUCGCUUUACCUACAUCCUUAAUCGGCUUAGUGAACUUCGUGCUACCCAUGGAGUUGCCUUCUAUGAUAUUUGGCCUUCUGGUCGGCCACCUGGUGGUUGCCACGGAGACCGCUGUUGCUCGGGUCUCUUUUCUCCUCGACAGUGACACUGACGGCUCCUUCAAGUGUGAGGACAAGAUGAAGGCGGCGAAUGAGGCGUUGGGGGACCUCGAGGCUAUCAUUCGUGAGGUGGAGGUGAAGCGGGAGAGAGCCGCCCGCCACUUCUUCCCCUCCAUCAGCAUGUUCCUUCUGUCGGGGCUCAUGCUUGGCAUCACCAGCCCGUAUGUCAUGAAUGUUGGCUCCAUCCAUAAAAGCAUCAGCUUAUCUUCGCUGCUUCUCGGAUACUACAUCAUGGGUCGUCUGUGUCACAUGGGCCAGGUCUUCGUCAACAAGGUGGGCAGAGCCAGACAGCUGCUGCGCCCUGGCUACGGCACUCAGUCAUCCCUGUUCACUUGUAUUGAUUCGAGUACGUGCAUGUUUGUGAGUGUGUGGAUGGAUGGGUGACUCUGAGAGGUGAGAGGUAAACUGUUUGUGUCUCGAGAUUCUCUAAGUGAGAGUCCCGCCAGCAGUU